GAUAUAAAAUUUCUCCAUGUUAGAAGAACUGUGCAUAAAAGCUUUGGAUAAUAAAGUUGAUUGGGAGAAAGAAACAAGCAGAGAAAUAACAAGUGAUGCAAGUAGUAGCUUUGCUGAGAUAACAUGUUUGCCUAAUUUAACUGCUUUAGAUGUCUCUAUGCCAGAAGCCAACUGCUUACCUCAACAUGUCAAUACUCUUCCCAACUGGACAAGAUUUCACAUACACAUAGGCUUCAGUUUCAUUUUUGAUGAUGACAUCCCUAUAAAAUUGAAAAUCUCAAGAUCCAUGACCCUCUGUAAUACAGAGAUCAGCACCUUACCAAAUUGGUUCAAAAGGGUGGUGUUAUCAAAGGCAGAGGCACUAUUGUUUUACAAUGUGUCCAACCAGGAUGUGAGGAAACUAUUUGUAGAAUCUGAUUUUCAACUGUAUUUGUCUAAAUGUGAUUUGAAGAUACUUGUUGUUCGAUACUGUGACGGCAUAAAAUCUCUCUUGAAUGUGAUGGAAUUGGAUUCAGAAUCAAAAGAAAUUGCGCUCAUGGACAAUUUGGAAGAGUUGCAUCUCAAGAAACUGGAAAAUUUCAGACGUAUCUGCCAUGGUCAACUUCCAAAUGGGUCAUUCAAGAAAUUAAGAAUUUUGAGAAUCAACAAAUGUGAUAAACUGAGGAGUCUCCUCUCCCCUUCUCUGGCUCGAAGUCUUUCUCAAUUGGAAGAAAUUGAAAUAAAGGAUUGCAAGGUACUGAAGGAAAUCAUUGCGAAGGAUGCAGAGAUGGUACAAGUAGAAGAAAAGAUUGUGUUCCCUCAAUUGAAGAUUAUAAAGCUUUGUUAUUUGAAGAACAUCACGAGUUUCUACCUUGGAAGUGCUCCCAUUGAAUGCCCAUCAUUGGAACAGGUAAAAGUGUAUGAAUGCCAAAAAAUGAAGGUUUUUGCUUCAAGGCUCCAAAACACACCAGAACCAAAGCUAAUUGAAGGAGGGGAUGGAGAUUUGAAAUGGUAUGAACGUGAUGUAAACAAUGCCAUGCAAUUCCAACAUGAGUUUUUACGUAUAUGGAGAUUAUUUUGCCGAUUGGUAAAACCCCUAAGGAAUCAUUUGAGAGAGAAAGAGGAAGGUAUCAAAAACCAGUUAGAUAAACUGAAAAAAGACUGGCUAGCGGAUGCUGAGCUCGUAACGCUAAGCUCAUUGAGAGACAAAGAAGCCUUAAAUGCCGAAAGAUGGAGCACAGCAGAGUCGUGGGUGGAUGAAGUUGAGCAUCAUCUCAUCAGAAUAGGCCUGUUAAGACCUGAAGAAAUCCCCAACAUGCAAUUCUUCAGGACCAUGGAAUUACUCUACCAACUGAUACGACCUCUCGUGCAUUUUGUGGGAUUGAGAUACCAUAAAUUACAAGAACUGAUUCAGGAACUAAGUAAGCUAAAAGAAAGAUGGAGAAAGGAUCCUCAACUCCGGAAGUUAGUAAGCUCGUCAUCAUCAGUUGGUGAACCCACCAGCUCCAUCAGAUGGAAAAUAGCUGAACGCUGGAAAGGCGAUUUUGAGCGUCAUCUUGGUAGUUCCGGUUUAUUGCCAGUUGUUGGAUGCACGACAGAGCGUAUCCGAAAAUUCUUCCAAGUUAUGAAAUUGUUUGUAAAAAUGGACCCUCUCGACAAUUAUUUGAACUGGAGAUUGGGCUGGGAUCCCAAGCUCAAACAAAUGGUAAAGAAUUGCAGUAAGGAACUCGAACAUCAUUGGGUUAUGGACCCUGAGCUCAUGACAUUAAUCUCCUCUCCAAAAGAAGGCUUACGGGAAAAGAAAAAGAAUAUAGCAGAACGCUGGCGGGAUGAGUUCAAGCAUCAAGUUAUUAGCCUUGGACUGCUACCAGAUGGAGACACGCCGGAGCACAUCAAGGAGCUCCUGCGGGUUUUAGAUUUAUUACGGCCAGUAAUGAAAUCUUUCUCAAAUUAUCUACAAGAUCCCCACAUCAAUCCAGCGGUAAAAGAAAGACUCAAGAAACAAGCAGCAGAACUCUUGAAACAGUGGGAAGUCGAUCAUGAGCUUAUCACUCUAAGCUUAUUACCAGAUGACGACUUACAAAAGCCGAUGAAACGGAGGAGCAUAGCUAAGCUUUGGCAAUCUGAGUUUAAGCUUCACUUUAAAAAGCUCCAGCAAGACCUUCAAAGCUCAGAUUACUUGAAUAUAUGGGAGACAUUUGACGAUUUCACUGAAAAGGUUGGUCACUUCAUCCCACCUGUCAUUUCAUGCAUGGAGGUAGAAAUUAAAGAAGCCUAA